GCCAAGGAAGCUGUGUUCUGACUCGACUUGCCGUGUAUUUGUCGACUCAGUUUCGGGAGCUUGGAAGCUCAUAUAUCAACAUCUCGAACAAGCUUGUGCAAUCUCGGAUUGAUUCUAUGAUUGAUAACUUGACAUUUCUCGCUGUUGCACAUUGUUACAUGAUUAGGAACGAGAUGAUUUUACGAAUACAACGGCAGAACUUGAUACAUUGAACCCAGCCCAACGCGACUCAAAUCGAUCGGCGCGUCUCCAACACCUGUCGUACUACCACACAUUCUGAUGUGACCUGGGGUAUCUUGAGAAUAAUAGAAAAAUGUCUGGCAAAACAAUAAAACAGGCCCCGCACGAGCGGCGGCGCGGCGAGGCCGCCCUGAGCGAGUUUGCCGAGUACGUGGAGCGGCAGCAGUCCCUCCGCUACCCGUCGUCCGUCACGGCCUCUACGGUGACGACGACGUCGGGCUCGACGACCGAGCCCAGCAUCGCCGAGACGGACGACACGGAGCACCACGCCGAACUCGACGACUUUCUCGACGCCCUCAACCUCUCCGAGACCACGGCGCCCCGCCUCCGGCUCCGCGACCUGCUCCUGUGCGCGCCCGACGACAAGGCCUCGCUGUCCCGGCUGGCCGAGGUGCUGCGGGAGCGCAUAGUGGCCGAGCACGGAGAGUUUGUCUUUGAGCUUGGGUUUGAGGACGGCGGCGGUGGCAGUCUGCAUCUGACCAGGGCCGAGUGGGACACGGCGUUGGACAGGUUGCAGGCCACGGCUAGGUUGGUCAGUGCCGAGUGCCAGCUCUUGUUGACCAAGGGCGUCGGUGGGCCGUUGGAGGCCGAGUCCAGCACCGGCAAGGAGAAGGAGUGUACUGGUAAAGUCUUGGUUCGGCAGGCGCCGGCGACGGUAGAGCAGGUCAUUGAGACGAGGAUAGCGGUCGUUGGCAAUGUCGAUGCUGGUAAAAGUUCCAUGCUGGGCGUGCUGGUCAAGGGCGACCUGGACGAUGGCAGGGGAAGGGCACGUGUGAACCUCUUCCGCCACAAACACGAAAUCGAGACGGGGAGGACUUCCUCCGUCGGCAUGGAGAUUAUGGGCUUUGACACAACAGGAAAUGUCAUUACUAGUGACACGCCUGGCCGCAAGUUAUCAUGGGAAGAAAUUGGCCGCCGAAGUGCCAAAGUAAUCACGUUUACAGACCUUGCCGGUCAUGAGCGGUAUCUGAGGACGACAGUGUUUGGAAUGCUGUCCAGCUCGCCGAAUUACUGCCUCUUGAUGGUUGCGGCAAACAAUGGCUUGAUCGGCAUGAGUAAAGAGCACCUUGGAAUUGCGCUUGCGCUGAAUGUCCCGGUGCUUGUGGUCAUUACCAAAAUUGACAUCUGUCCACCGAAUAUUCUGGAGCAAACCAUCACACAGAUCACUAGGAUUCUCAAAAGUCCGGGAGCACAAAAAGUGCCCGUUUUCAUAAAGAACCGUGAGCAGUGCGUCAGCACAGCGACGCAGUUGGUGAGCAAAAGGAUAUGUCCGAUAUUCCAAGUAUCCAAUGUCACAGGAGAGAAUCUGGACCUGGUCCGGAUGUUCCUCAACAUCCUGCCUCACUACGGAAGAUACGACCAAGGGGCACGGUUCGAGUUCCACGUCAACGACACAUUUUCGGUUCCCUUUGUCGGUACCGUGGUUAGCGGUAUAGUCAAAUCAGGAGUUGUGCACGCAGGUGAUUCGGUGCUUGUCGGUCCCGAUUCUCUGGGCAAUUUCACACCUACCAGCAUCAGGUCCAUCGAGAGGAAACGAAUAGGCGUGCCCGCCGCCUCUGCUGGGCAGUCGGCAUCGUUUGCGCUCAAGAAAGUGAAGCGUAAAGACGUCCGCAAAGGAAUGGUGGUUCUCCCGAAAAUUGAGGGCGAAGCGCCGCCUAAAGUGUAUCGCGAGUUUGUCGCGGAAGUCUUGAUCCUAUCUCACGCGACAACUAUCAAGACAAAAUAUCAAGCCAUGCUGCACGUGGGUCCCGUCUCGCAGACGUGCGCCAUAAUAGACGUCGACCGGCCGUUUAUACGAACUGGUGACCGCGCUCAGGUGGCGUUUCGAUUCGUGCAACGGCCCGAGUACCUGGCGCCUGGGGACAGGCUCUUGUUCCGUGAGGGCAGGACAAAAGGUCUGGGUAUCGUGAAGAGCGUUGGAUAUGACCCCAAACACCCAUUAGGGGGUCGCCCAGUAGACGAUGACGUGCCAGCCGCCGGGCAGGAGGGCGCUGCCGUCGCUUCAACGACGGAAGAGGCACCUCGUGUUGAGAGCGCCACUGCCUAGAGCGGACUUUAACGUAGAACAAUGGUAAGGUACGGGUGGGCAUACAAGUGCCCUCUCAUUGCCUGAAAACUCGCGCUUCUCCUUGGGCCUGCCUUGGCCACAUGCGGGUUUAUUACAGCCCAUAUUUCAAGUAUAUUCUUGGUGCUCUGUAUUUACGAUUGAGGUCACGGUUCGUGUUCGUCCAGAUUAUGUUGGGUGGGUUUUGUGUUUUCUGGUGGUUUAUUUUUAUUCUGUUUUAUUUUUCGGCAUCCUUUCUUUGUUUUUACUUUUCUGUUCUUUUCUUUUGUCCCGGGCGCAUAUAUAGCCAUGGUCUCGGCUAGUCUAUAUUCGCAUUUGUCAUUGGUUUACUGCCAGGUUCCCAGGUGCCAUUUUUUGGUGUCCAAAUCGGUCAUGACGACACUUGUUUCGGUUUGUCUGCCUCCCAGGUACCUAUCGCUGGACAAUGUUCUAGAGCUGGAACUUGCAAUAGUUUGGUUUAAGAUUAAGAUCAUCUUGACAGUUAAACUAGGCGGGCUAGGUAAAUGCCAAGUGCAUUUUUCGUAUUCUUGGCCGCUAAAGAGAUUAACAGGCAAGCCAGGCUCGAACACGAUGACCGGCACCCGUCUACAGCUGCGAUGUUGGCGUCCUUUUGACAAGCGCAUUUGCCCCUGCUGCCCAAAGGGCGGCUGUCUAAACGAC